GUGGGCUCGUGGCAUGUUUCAUUCUUGUUUCCGGGCUAUUACCUUAAUUUGAUUCAAGAAGAUGCGUUACGUUGCUGCUUAUUUGUUGGUCGCCCUUGCCAAGGAAGACGUCACCCCUGCCGAUGUCACGAAGGUGUUGACCACCGCCGGCCUUGAAAUCGACGCCGAGCGCUUGGACAAGCUCUUCGAAGAUGUGGCUGGCAAGUCCAUCGACGAAAUCAUCGCCUCCGGCUCGACCAAGUUGGCCAAGUUCGGCGGUGGUGCUGCCGCCCCUGCUGCCGCUGCCGCCGGUGGUGCCGCUGCCCCUGCCGCUGGCAAGAAGGAAGAGAAGAAGGAAGAAGAAGAAGAAGCUGACUUGGGCGGCGGAAUUGACAUGUUCGGCGGCUCUUCCGACUAUUAAGCGACAAUGUGUCCUGCAGCAGCCGUGGAUUCAACCGACAGCUACUGGGGACGCUCCUUGCUCCAACUUUGUGUUGACCGCGUCGUCAGAAUAUAGGCAGCACGUCCAGAUAUUGUGCAGAUGAUCGAGUAACCCAAUGUUGUAGCCGUAGCGCAACCAUCUCUCUCG